GGCAGGGGUCUAACUCAGCUUACAUUAGACAGUAGUCAUAGAACAAAUUUAGGUAAAUGAGUGAAGAGCAGCCGAACUGUGUGAUAAAGCCACACUUAAAUAUUUUGCAAUCAAAGCAGAAGGUGCUUAAUUAUCUCAAUAGAACUUAUUCCUUUCGAAAAUUUAUUCAAGAUGUAUUUACGAAUAGAGUUGAAGUAAAUUAGGGUUAUUAAAUGAUUGUUUAAUUUUUAAAAUUCUUCUAUUCAUGCAAAUCCAGGCCCUGAUAAUUUUAUUAGAAGGAUAAGAACAAGAUCUAUCUGCACCAUCUCUUAAGCCCUGGAGUUAAAUCCUACAAAAAAAUUGAUUAUUUUGAUCAAAGCUCAUUUAUUCAAGAGAUAAAUCAGGUAUCACUCUCAAUUUCUCUGUAGUUAAAGAAAUAACAAAUGGCGUUUAUUCUCAAAGUGCUAGAGAAUAACCAAAUUAACAAUAAUCGAAUUUUUUCGAAAAAUGAAGACUUUUGAAAUUCUGAAACUGAUUUGAAUAUUCAAUACAGCAUUUAAUGCUUCUUAAAUAUAUAUUCCAAGAAACUGAUAUAUUGGCGAUGCAUUUCUUCACUUUUUUGCAGAACAAAUUCAUAAAAUUUAAGAAUAAUUUAAAUUUUCUGAAAUUUACAGAUCACUGUUUAAAAUUUGAUUUUACUUGUGAAUUGAUUAAUUACUCAUAUCUCAAAAGAUAGAUGAAAAGGAUGUACGCAUCUCCAGAAUAUCUCUCUUCCCAGAUAGGAAACAAAAAGCAGUUUUACAGUCUUUUCAGCCUUGAUUGUGAGCCCUGUAUUUGUAAUAUGAUUGAGUGGACCUAUAUCUGCUCCCAUACAAAAUAUGACGAAUAUACUUUAUGCAAAAGCUUCUUAGAGGGAAGAAGAAGGCCCAUAGGAGCUUUUUGGAAUAAAUGAUCAAAAAUAUUGGAAUAUGAUAAGGAAGUUUGUUAAUCAAGUUAAAGGAAUGAAAUCAUAUUUCCCUAAUUUUUAAGAAGACUGAUGCCAGUAAGAACAGAGAAAAAGAGGAGCCAUAGGAAAAAGAAAACUGAAGUAAAUCAACCAGGAAUACCUUGGUAAGAUCCACAAUGCUCCAACUGCAGCAAAGGUGAGCUGAGAGUUGCUUCAAAUCUGAAAUUGUGAAAGAAAAGCAGAUAGUAGCUACAUGCUUAGAAACAAAACCAACCAAAUUAAAAAGGAAGAAACACAAGGAAUAUAAAGCGGAAAUUCAGAUCUUAAAUCAACCUCAGUCAGAAGGAAGAACGUUUGAAUGCAUCCCCAUAGAAAGCCUGCAUGAAUCAUUCAAAGAUCAAGAAGGAUCCAAAAAGAACGAAGGUCAGUACUAAAUGGAGCUGAAUCCCAAACUUCAUCGACCACCAAGGUUUCAUCACAGAAAGCCUAGGCUCAUAUAGCAGGAGGCUCUUAAAUAAGACUUAAGAUUUUAACCAAUGAUUCUAAAAAUAUCUUCAAGCUCCAAACUUCUUUCAUUUAGUAAUCUUCAAUUUUAUCAUGAGGUGAAAUUGCAUAAUUAAGCUUUCAAUAACGAGCAAGAAAAAGAGCCUACUAGGUCCUUUAGUCGCAUAAAUCUUGGAAAUAUGGCUAUAAAAUAAAGCUGAAGACAUAAGGGACUAAUCUUAUAAUGGAGAAUAGAGAGUGGAAGAAAUUGAAAAGUCGAGAGUAUCAAUGAGAAAAAACACUCCCCAACCAAGACUCUGACUUUAAUCAUAGCCAAGCAAGUAGUAUGAAGGUGGAUUCACACUAAGCUCAGAUCUUAUUUGAACUUUGAGAAACAGCACAUACGAGGUAAGAAAUAGUAUUUAUUCCUUCCAGCUAACUUCAGAAGACAAAUAAUUCAAAAUUGUUGCUAAAUGAAUAAUUUCAGUUAAUUAAAC